CUCAGUGAAAAGAAUGGCAAGAAGAAAUGUCCUCAUUACAGGUUGCUCCUCAGGAAUUGGACUGGCAUUAGCUGUAAAAAUGGCAAAAGAUGAACAGAAAAGAUUUAAAGUUUAUGCCACAAUGCGGAAUCUGUCCAAGAAAGAGCCACUGGAGGAAGCUGCAGGUCACAGGCUGGGCAAAACCCUCGAAAUUAAACAACUCGACGUCUGUGAUGAACAGUCUAUUAAAGCUUGUGUGAACAGUAUCCCUGACAGAAGGAUUGAUGUCUUAGUGAGCAAUGCUGGAAUGGGGCUCAUUGGACCUAUUGAAUGUCAGACCAUAGAUGAAAUGAAAACUGUGAUGGAUACCAACUUCUUUGGACUGGUUCGACUCCUGAAGGAGAUUUUGCCUGACAUGAAGAGGAGAAAGAGUGGGCAUAUAGUUAUAAUAAGCAGUGUUAUGGGAAUACAAGGUAUUUUAUUUAAUGAUGUUUAUGCUGCAUCUAAGUUUGCUGUGGAAGGAUUCUGUGAAAGUUUAGCUAUUCAAGCACUCAAGUUCAAACUGCAGUUAAGUUUGAUUGAACCAGGCCCAGUGGUUACAGAGUUUGAAAGAAAAGUGUUUGAAGAUGGAAUGAAAAUGGAUCUUUCAGCUGCAGAUGCAGAAACAGCUGAGAUGUUUACUAAUAUUUACCUUAAAAAUUACAAGCAGAUUUUCCAGAGCCUGGGACAAAGUGCUGAAGAUGUUGCAGAGCAUACAGUAAAGAUAAUUCUUUCAGAAAAUCCACCUUUUCGCCAUCAGACCAACACCUUGUAUACUCCAAUGACAACUCUGAAGUAUGCAGAUCCAAAUGGAGAUCUACCCAUUGAUAUAUUCUACAAAAUGGUUUUUCAGCAUGACAAAAUCUUCAGUGCAAGUCUUAACUUCAUCAAAUUGCUACGGUGGAGAAGUAGAAAGAGCUUUGACCUGGGGAAACCCUCACAAUAAAUAUGAGAUUAUAUAGUGCAAAUUGGGAUUACUUGUAGCUACCAAUGACUCAGUAUGUUGUUAUUCAAAUGGCUUUGCUCUGUAAUUGUGAAAAGGCAUUCGAGAUGUUUAUUUGAGCUUAGCCAACAUAUUCAGCUGAAUGUGUAUAUCUUCAACAUUAGUUUGCAGAACCUUGCAACUAAAAUCCUCUAACUACAGUUUUAUUCUGUUUAGUGUUUGCUUUUCACACCGAUAUGGUGUGAAUGUGGACACUGACUGACAUUUUGUGGGAAUGUGGACACUGACUGACACUUGUGUAUUCAAUAUUAGCCCCAUCCCUUCACUUAGUAGAGUAUAAUACAUAGUGAGAUGUGUACCGUAGGUAAACUAUUUAGAUUCUUAAUCUAAUAAAAAUAUUAUAUCUUUUUACUUAUUAGAAUAGGAUAGAAUCAGUAAUCCUUCAAUCACAGCUGCAUUCUUGUUUUCAGAAGUCGAAUCUAUUUAUCAGCAACAGAAGAGAAAGUCUCAUCAAUCUUAAAGUGUCACAAGUGGAAUAUUUAUUAUUCAUAUCUAUUUAUUAUAAUAUUCGGAAUGCUUCCUUUAUGUGCAGUGGUUACUAGUGUAUUACACUUAGUGAACAAUAAAAUGUUUUUAAAAGCAACUUAAAAUAU